GCAGCAACAAAAAUGAAAUAAAAAAAUGAGACAUGAAAAUAUCUCCCGGCUCACUUAUAAAUACCGCAUUUCCUUCGCGCCAUUACAUUUCGAAUGUUCAUUCCCCCAGACUCGACGUUCAACUGAGAGAGAAUUGCAGAAGACGAUCGGAGAUUCCUUUUUCCUGAAUUUUCUUCUCCUAGAGAGUCUAAUUCUCAAUACGAACGCUGAGAGCUAAGUUCACAGAGCUAAUAGCUUCGAUUUUUCGAUUUCUAGGGUUAACAUCCUUGCUUUGUGAUCGCAAGGCCACAAAAUUAGCGUCGUAGGAUUCCUACUUCGUGCAUGUAGGGGAAUUCGAUAAGUUUUUGCGUUUGAUUUGAAAAUGAGUAAGCUUUUAGGGUUAUCAGGCAUGAAAGGCCUCGAUCACUUCAAAUCGCUGUCAGGAUCUGGUGUAGGAGCUGCGAAAACGAUGUCAAUACCUACGCGCAUGUCUUCGGACAUGGUUUCUACUGGAAGUUUUGCGAAUCUGAAGCUUACAGCAGAGAAAUUGGUGAAGGAGCAAGCUUCUGCUAAAACUGAUCUGCAAUUGGCGAGCUCAAAGUUAAAGAAGUUGACUGAAGAAGUUCAGGUGCUAGAAGAAAAGUUGAAAAAUGCAUACAAUGAAAAUGCUAAGUUGAAAGUGAAGCAUAAAGAAGACGAGAAGCUAUGGAAAGGACUGGAAUCUAAAUUUUCUUCAACAAAGACCUUGUGUGAUCAGCUAACUGAAACCUUACAGCACCUAGCUGGUGUGGUUCAAGAUGCUGAGAAAGACAAGGCAUCUUUUGAAGAUAGACAAUCUGCAACUUCUGUUGUUGUUGAUAACUUGCAAGACGACUUGAAAUCCCUCUCUUUGAGGUUGGAAUCCUCCGAAGAAACUGUUAGAAAUUGUAAAAGGGAGCUGAAUGAACUUGGUAUUGAGAAGGAGAAAAUGAAGAACUGUUUCAUGGUUGAACAGAGCAAAUGUACUAGUGUAAUUGAGGAGAAAGAUGCUAUGAUCAAGGAGCUUGAAGCUACUGUAGCAGUUAAUGGACUUGCAGUGGAGAAUUUGAAGAAUAAGUUGGAAGAAUUACAUAUUGAAUCACGAUUAAAAGAAGAUAAACUGGAGGACUUGAGAACUGCCAAAAAUAAUGUGGAGAAAGAAAAGAGUGAUCUUGUAUCUAAAAAUAACGAAUUUGCUAAACAGUUAGAUACAUCACUUCAGGAGAUAAAGAACCUUAAUGAGUUUGUGAAUGAAAUGGUGGUGAAGCUUACUGAUCUGGAUAGUCAAAGUCUUGCCUUUGCGGAGAAGAUUAUUCAGCUUACUGCUUUAUUUGACUCUGGUUUUGAAAUGAUGAGAGAGAGGGGGGAACUUGCUGCUCAGCAUGCUCAACAAAAGUUUGGCAAGCUCCAGGAUCAAUAUACAAGCAUUACAUCAGAGAAAAAUGCUCUACUGUUGGCUAAUAAGGACUUGAAGGAUAAGGUCUCUGCACUUCAGAAAGAACAAGAACAUGCAAUGGUGCAGCACGCUCAAGAAUCCCUUUUAGCAGAAGAUCAAAUUAGAAAAUUAGAGUCUGAAGUAGAACUGCUUCUUGCCAAGAAGGAGGAGAUGGAACUGCUGAUUAGCAAGCUGCGGGAGAAUAUUGUCACUCUAUCAGAUAGUUCAAAACUAUCGGAGAAUGAAAUGCAAAAUUUAUCAUUGAAACUCUCUGAGAUGGAAACAGAGAACAAAGACCAUAUUGGAAAGCUUCAAUCAGACAUGCAGAAAAAGGAAGAUGAGAUUCAUGUUUUACGUAAGGAAAUUGACAAUUACACGGAAAUAGUGGAUUCACUGGAGAAGCAUGUUACAGAGAUUAACAAUAAAUUGGAGGAGAAAGAUCAGCUUGUUCAGGAACUUCAGGACAAGGAGAAACAGUUGGAAGCUGAGAGAGAAAAGAUUCAGGCAUCUUUGCUUGCUGCUGAAAGCAAGCUCACAGAAUCCAAAAAGCAGUAUGAUCAGAUGUUAGAAAGCAAACAGCUAGAACUUUCGAGGCAUUUAAAAGAAUUAUCCCAGAAAAAUGAUCAGGCCAUCAGUGACAUUCGGAGGAGGUACGACUUGGAGAAGUUGGAAAGUGUCAAUCUAGAGAAGGAGAAGGCUGAAAAAAUUGUUGGGGAGAUGGAAAAGAAUUGUGAGUUAAAGCUGUCGGAAUGCAGAGAAGAAUCUAAGCAGAACUUGAAGCGUGUACAGGAAGAACAUGCUAAUUUGGUAUGUCAGAUUCAGCAAGCACACAGCAAGAAGGAAAUGAGUCUUGUUGCCAGUCACAAUGAAGAGCUAAAAAGUUCCCACUUUCACUAUGAAAAUGAAUUGAGAGAGAAAACAAAUUCAAUGAGGAACGAACAUGAAGCUCAGUUGAGAGCUCUGAGACUUGAGCUUGAGGAUAAUAGCAGAAGACUGCAGGAGGAGUUGUAUAUGCAGAAGUCUAAAGAGGAAAAACAGAGGGCUCUUUUGCAGUUGCAGUGGAAAGUAAUGGGAGAUAAUCCAGAAGAGGAAGAAGUGACUUCAAAGAAGAACUACUGUUGCUCGGUGACAAAAAGAAACCCACCUGAUAGUGGCAAACCACCUGUGAGAGCUGAAGCUAAGGAUGUGGAUUCACAUUAUCUGGUUGGAAAUCAGAUACCUGUAUCAAAUUUGUUGAGGAAAGUUGAGCAGGUGAAUUCAGGAAGUCUGCCCCAACAUAGUAGGAAGGUGACUCAUCAUGAGUAUGAAGUUGAAACCACAAAUAGUAGAAUAAUCACGAAACGAAGAAAAACAAAAAGCACAGUCGUGUUUGAUGAUCCAUCAAAGCACAAGAAGAGAAGGACACCCAAGGUGAAGACUCCCAAAGAGAUUAUUGGGGUUGUUAUAAAAGGUCAGCCAAAACCUGCAAACAUAGGUGAUUUGUUCUCAGAAGGAUCUCUGAAUCCAUAUGCUGAUGAUCCCUAUGCAUUUGAUUAAGAGGUGAAGAAGGUACUACUCCAGAGUGUUUAUUAGAAGUGAAGCUUGACCCGUAAAUUCGUGCAUGCUGAUUCUUUGAUGGUAGGCAUAUAUUUGUUUGUUUCAUAUAUAGCAAGGAACUAUAAUUACUUUUCUCGCAAAAAGAGAGCCUAUAUCACUGCAGUUAGUAUGUGAAGAAAUUGUGGGAAAAUUAGCUUUGAUUAGAGGUCGAUAGGAGGGGAAGUGCAGCAGUGUAAAGUUCCCAGCUGCUUAGAACUACAUAUAUCUUUUUGUUAUGUGCUUUCCAAACUGUAUAAGAUCAGCUUUGGUUGUAGGUUUA